AUGGAAUAUUCAUCUGUUGGAUUAAAUGAUCUACCUGAUGAAAUUCUUAUGAUUAUUUUUAAAAAAAUGAGCACUCUUGAAGUACUUUAUUCUUUACAAGGUGUCAAUCAACGACUAAGUAAAAUUGUUCAUGAUUCAAUUUUUACAAGUAUUUUGACUUUUGUCAAAUGGUUGUCACGUAAUUUUAUCGAUCUAUUUUGUCGUAAUAUGAUACUUGAUCGAUUUCGUUUACAAAUUUUACCGGAAAUUCAUCAAUUAAAUCGAAUGGCUUGA